UUUCAGGAGAGCACAGGGCAGGGGGCAGACAAGCCGGGUGGGGGCGGGUGGCAGGCAGGCCCAGCCUGGGUACUAGCCCAGGGACACCCACGGGAGCACCCAUGAACUAGAGAUGGUGCAACCCGGGCGCGCACGUGUGUGCAGCCCGCUGCAUGUCUCUAUACCCUGUGGGCACCUGUCGUGUGAGUAGCUGCGGGUGUGGCUGUUCCUGGAUGCUGUGGGUGUCAGUGAGGUUUGUACCUUCGGGCCUGCCUCCCCCGUCUCCAGAGGGAAACUAAGAAGUUUAACUGAGCAGGGACACUGAGGAGAUUAAGGGAGUGGAUCUCAGAAGCGAGGCGGAGAGGGUGGGGACUGCGGGCACAGCGGGUAGGGAAGCACCUAGUUAACCCAUCUCCCAGCCAGAAAAAAAAGCGUCUUGAAAAGGCUGGCGUGACCCAUGUGCUUUGAAAUGUCUAGAGAGCCCCGAGCGGUGAUGAUCACAGAGUGAGUGGCACUGGGCUGAGCCUGUCUAAAUCGUGGACCAGAGGGAUGCUAGCAUUUAGAAAGGCCAGGAGGAAACUCAGGAUGGGCACCAUCUGCUCUCCCAAUCCCAGCGGGACAAAGGCAGCCUCGGAGGUCUGCAAUGCUGACUGGAUGGCCUCGCUCCCCCCUCACCUCCACCACGUCCCCCUUUCCAAUCUGGCAAUCCCAGGCUCCCAUGAUUCAUUCAGCUACUGGGUAGAUGAAAAGUCACCAGUGGGGCCUGACCAAACCCAAGCUGUUAAACGCCUCGCCCGGAUCUCCUUGGUGAAGAAGCUAAUGAAGAAGUGGUCUGUAACUCAGAACCUGACCUUCCGGGAGCAGCUGGAGGCUGGCAUCCGCUACUUUGACCUGCGUGUGUCUUCCAAGCCGGGGGACACCGACCAAGAGAUCUACUUCAUCCACGGGCUCUUUGGCAUCAAGGUUUGGGAUGGACUGAUGGAGAUUGAUGCAUUCCUCACUCAGCACCCGCAAGAGAUCAUCUUCCUGGAUUUCAACCACUUCUACGCCAUGGACGAGGCCCACCACAAAUGCCUGGUUCGGCGGAUCCAGGAGGCCUUCGGGAACAAGCUGUGCCCAGUCUGCAGCGUGGAAAGCAUGACACUGCGAAGCCUGUGGGAGAAGAAAUGCCAGGUUCUCAUUUUCUACCACUGCCCCUUCUACAAGCAAUACCCAUUCCUGUGGCCAGGAAAGAAGAUUCCAGCACCCUGGGCAAACACCACGAGCGUGCAAAAACUGAUCCUCUUCUUGGAGACCACCCUGAGUGAGCGAGCCCCACGUGGGGCCUUCCAUGUCUCCCAGGCCAUCCUCACCCCAAGAGUGAAGACCAUUGCCCGAGGCCUGGUGGGGGGUCUCAAGAACACACUCGUUCACAGGAAUCUCCCGGCCAUCCUCGACUGGGUGAAGACUCAAAAGCCUGGAGCCAUGGGUGUCAACAUCAUCACAUCUGACUUCGUGGACCUGGUGGACUUUGCCACGACCGUGAUCGAGUUGAAUGACCUUCUGGAGGACCGAGCUCUGACUAAGUGUUGAAUUGAUGCUUUGUUUAAUUUGAUGUUGAGAUUGUUGAGCUAAGGUAGGAUUCUUGAAGGUUCCAGUUAGGAAGGCUCACUGCUGGUCAGUCCCAGAGAAGUGAGGAAGAGAAAGAGGGCCCUCCCCCUUUCCUCACGUAGCUAUUUGGAUAAAACUCUGGGGACUUUCAUUGCAUUUCCCUAAAUGAGACUUUUAAAAACUUAAGUCUAAGGGAAGAAUGCGUAUUUUAUGUGGUCAAGGUCAGGAUCUCCCCAGUGGCUUAUGGUGGCAAACAGAAGGUGGAAGUAUAGUUUCCUGAAUCCAUGGGCUAUGCAGCAUCUUAAUUGACCCAGCUUCCUAUCGUCUUCUGGGGGCACUUGAGCCUGUGUGAAAACUAAAUCGGAAAGGCAUUCCUGGUCAGAAGAACAGCAAUGGCGCAUGCAGUCAUGGACCACCCUCUGGGAGGUCUUUGCCAUUAACCAAGAACUCUGAGGGGCUCCUAGGGAGCCACGCUCCGGGUUCUCUCUUGAACUGUACAAUAUCACCACUUCUGUACGAGAGCAAAACGUGUUUAUUACCACACUGUUCAGCCACAGGCUGGCUCCGGAAGUGGUCCCCUUAAGUUUUCAUGUAAACAGUGCACACUACCCUUGGCAUCAGAACUGUAUUUCCCUGUCUUAAAGUGUUGAUUCCUUUCAUUUCCUUUUGGGCCCCCUCUUUAAAAAUGAAAGGAAUUACGGUGGGGAAUCAUUUGUGUGAGGGCCCAAUAAGAGCUAAAUAUGCAUGUUUGCUGCAUGCCAGAAUUCUUUGAUUUAAUCCUGUAGCUUUCUCCCCAAGUGACUAUCGGGAAAGUACCUGCGUCAUUUUGGCGCAGUCUUCUUUGGAGCGAGGUCUUCAAGCCGACACUGGAAUCGAUAUUUGAUGGUUGUCUACCUGGGACCUGGCCUGCUGCGGGACACAACGCUAACCCGAAGGCUGCUUGUCCAUGACACACUGGAGGCUGACACAGGAUGUGUGGGAAUGUGCAAUGGCAUUAAAGGAGAAAGUUCCAAGCGGGUUUGCAGCCAGUCUGUAACUCCUCGCAAACAAGACUACCUCGGGGAUAUUUAGGGUGACUUGUAUAUCGUCAAGUGAGAAAAAAAAAAAAAAAAAGCAAUGCUGGAACAUUUCCGCUUGUUUUUCCCUUUGGUCUUUUUUCUGUGGGUGAUUUCGCCAACUAACUACCACUGCGUGAGGGCUUGGAAACUCAAGAGGGGAUUUUUUUUUUUUUUAAUUGAUAAGAAGUUUUUUUUUUUUUUAAUUGAUAAGAGCCCUCUUAUGUUCCCUUUGCUUUGUUUUCUGUAUUUAUUCAUUAUUUAUUCGGAGAGUACGCAUCUGCAAUGCUUCUUGCCUCAAGAGCACUCACACAGAUGUUUACUGGACUUUUCCUACCCAAGAUGGAUGCUGCUGUGGUCUUCCACCCACGCACUGGAUGGUGCAUCUCAGGGCUGUGAGUGAUCUUGGACUUUGCUGUAGAUGUCCUGCCCUACCCCAAAUCCUGCUGAGGACGGUGUAGAGGUAUGGAUGAGAUCCCGAUCCAGGAUGCCACUGCCGAAGGCAUACACUGGGACUGAAGUGAAAGGGUCAUGGAAAACUACACGGGCACUUCUAGAGAGCACUGGGAAGAAAGGAGCUAGGAAGAACAGCUGAGCACAGACAUGCUUUGAUACCCCUCAGCCCUACCUGAGAAUCCCUGAGAUGUCAGAUUCCAGAUUCCUAAGGAGGAAUAUAAACAGGCAAUCCUGAGGUGUGUGGGUGGGGGGGGGGGGUGAGCAUUCACAGAGACUGCUGGACCCUCUCCUAGGAGCUCUCACAUCUAUCCUUUCAGAUUGUGCUUCCUCGUAAGAUUGUGCAUGCUGACUGCAGUGGGGAUAUCUUGGGUGACCUAUUGAAAACACAUGCACGCCCCUCACUCUUAAUCAUCUGGCCUUUUUUUUCUUCCUAGAGUAAUUUAGGCCUCAACUUUGUAAUCUCCAUAGUUCAUGGAGGCCACAGCACAAAGGCCUCUGGGAAAACCUGGUUUAACUUCCCCUGUUCUUGAAUUUUAAUCCAUCUCAGAGGAGGCUUCCAGAAUGAUCUUGUCAAAUUUGGUGGAGCCUUCUUCUCUGCACCAGGCUUCUUCAUUGCAUAGGAGUAUGUACCCUCAUCAUCUUAAUGGCCCUCCAAUUAUGAUACUGAGCUCCUCAGAGAAGCCCUGAAAACCUUGACCUAGCCCUCAGGUUUUUCUUUUUCUUGUUGCAUUUUGUUUGUUCGUUUGGUUUUAAUUUUCAAUCAGUUGCCAGGUCUAGGUUCCUCUCCAUCCAUUAACCCUUCGUUACUUGGCAAAGAGAUAAGGAGACAGAGGAGCGCCACUCUGCUCUGUUUUAGUGGAGCCGCAGCUUUGUCCAGGUGCUUGGUGCUACGGGGCUCCGACGUGUCAAUGGGUAUCUGCACCGGAUCUCCAGUUCACUUAAGGCUGUCGACUGUUCAGUGAAUCGUUUACUUCAUCUUUUCCUUUUGUUCCUCAAUGUACAGUUGUACUUCACUUAGGACAUGCACGUGCACCUCACUGUUUGCAUGCUGCACCGUCAAACAAAACACAGAAGCACAGGACACUCCCAAGGCCACAUGUACGGCCCCUGCUCCUGUAGUGAGCGCAUGCACUAGCUCCUCCAUGCUGCUUUAGGGGCUUGGCCUUGUUGACAUUUUGAAAGUCUGAGGGGUAAGGGGGAGGGUUAUUCACAGUUUUCCCUGGUAAUUAUUCAAAUUAUCACAUCCGAUGAUGUAAAGGCUGCAUGUAUCCUGUUCCUUGGAGACCAGGUAGACUCUUGGCUGAGGUGGACAGAAUAAACAGAAUUUAGGCUCCGUGGCUCAUUCUGCAAUAGUUACCAGUAAGAAUUCUGACCCCCCCACAUGUCACGUGUUCUCAAAAUUCCUGGGAAUCACUCAGAUCAAUAUCAGGCUCUCAUAAGUGUUCAGAAUCAAUGUCAAGAGCAACCAAAAUGCUGCUCUGUUAGCUUGUUAGUUUCACAGGCUUUGGAGCCAUUUCUCUUUAAAAAUUGAAGCGAGUUCUUCAUGCGCUCUCUUCAUUCCAGCACGGCCCAGUUUCCUUGAUGGCCCAGACAUGCUAGGUUUCUGACAGUUAAAACUCAAAGCGUGAGCACUGAACUUCUCAAGUUCCAUGUCUGCUAUGGAGAGAGAGAGUGUUCUUAGGACUGAAUAGAGAGCUCAGGGUGGACGUGAUGGAAGGGCCUGGUGAGUGUCUCAGGAUUUGGUCUGACAUCAUGGCAGUCUUAGAAAUCAUGCAAAAAAAAUGCUCAUAUUUGCUGCUUGAGAUUUGAUACUCAUUAUUUUCUUUUGUGCUGGGUCUAAACCCUUGAAUUUUUUAGAACAGUUACUAAGAGUUCAAAUCCAGGAUUUUAUAUACAUGCAAAGAAAAGCACAAGAUCUGAGCAGAGGUAAUGACAAACCUUAAGAAUCUCAGGUCUUUCAUAACUUCAUAUUCACAUCCAAAAUGUAUGCUUCUAUCCAAGAAGGCAAUGAAGUGGAGCAGUCUGAGAUUAAAUGGAGCUUUCUGCUGUGUUGGAAUAUCCACGUGGGUUUUUUUUUUCCCCCUCAGUCUUACCAGUAGGAAGCAAUCCCAAAGAGGCAUGAUACAGCCCAGCCAUUAGCACAGAGUGAAAGGUGGAGACCCAGAAGAAAUUCAGGCUGAAAGGAAAUUGCUGUCUUCUCUAAGGAGCAAAAGGGCUACACAACAACAUCAUAACAGAAGUUUUAUGAUGUGCUUAAUUGUCUAUUACAUUCUGGGAAACAGAACCAGAUAAUGAAUGGGCCACAGCCUCGAGAGAUCUCCUCCCUUAGCUGAGCAACUGAUCCUGGGCUAACCUGCCCUUGCUUCUUUCAUCUUUAGUAACGAUGCAAAUCUCAGUUGACUGGCUCAUGAAAUAAAUAAGGUCCUAGGGCUUAGCCUAAAUGCCUUCUUGCAUUCUGGAGAUAUACCUUUGCAGUGAUUCCUCCUUUUUACACAUGUGCGGAGAAUGUGGUUGGGGUCAUUGUCCAAGAGUGUGGUAUAGGCUGAUUGACUUUGAGUAUGUAUUAUAUCUUCUGGAGUCUGUAUAAUGUGUGGCAUUCAAAGAAAUAUGCCAAAGUGUACAUUGGCCCCUGAGAAGUGGGCUUUCUCAACAUUUCAAGAGGAAACAAUAGACACUGAGGUUAUCAAACAUCCAAGCUGACAGGAAGCUUAUUUGGUACAGCAUAGAAGAGCAUGGAUGUCCCUCUUGAUUCCAUGAUCUGUCUGGUACAUCUUAACCCUCUUCUUAGGUUGCUUCCUUGUAGUUGGUACCCCGGUUUCAUACUCAAUAGUGUCACCUUGGGACACAGGAGAGUGAACUGACCGAAUAACAAGUGGUGUCGAUGUAAACUUCCCCUUAUUUCCAGAUGGUUCUAAUCAGCUCUUUACUGCCCCAGGAGACUGCCUACUUUCACAACCUUUGGAUUCCCCCAGCAUUCUGCUCCAAACACUGGCACUAAUGGCCAUAUGUCUGAGCCAGCCAAACUCAGAAGCAACCCUAAGAUGAUGCUAAUGAUUAAAAAAAAAUAGUAAAGUUUUAGACACUGUUGCAAAUAUCCUAAGGUAAGGAUAUUCUGCUCUAGCAUCAAGUGUGUUUUAGCAUCAACUCCAACAAACUUGUUCUUAGGAUAUAUAAAGCCCAUUUCAAAACAAAAUGGGUUGACUAAGCCCUCCCACUCUUGGGGGGAAUUCAGAAGCAUAGGCUGUUGAGGCAACUGCAUCGACAGUCCAGAGGCAUUUUCUGUCCUUCUGUCCUUUUGUCCCAUGCCCUUCACAGAAUGCUACUUUAUCCUGUCUCCUAGCAUCCCCCGUCAUCUGCCAGUGACCGCAUCACAAGAUGCUGAUAGAAGGUGUGGUCCGACUGUCAUGAUAGUUACUCUUUACUCUUCUCCAACACAUUGUUCUGCCUCCUACUCUCACCCAGGCAUUAGCACUAUGCUUAACCGGAGCCCUGAAACUGGGACCAACACUUAAUUCAGAUAGCACAGGCUUGCUCACAGUGUCAAGCCCACUAAGAAGCAUAGCACUUUGAAAAGUCAUAUAGGCCUUUGGCAGCUCUGUACAGUUGCAAUGUCACACCUGUUAUCAGUUUAUAGCACUAAGAACACAUCAGUUAUAGAUCUAUAGUGUCAAGAUGGUAAGUCUCAGAUCAUAUUCUAGAAAUAAUAUUACCUUGCUGCUACUAAUUAUUACCCCAGUAUUCAUAAGUAUUAAAUUCAGGUUGUGUAUGGAUUAUUUGUAUUAUGUGUAUACCAACUGUAAUACUUAGCCUCUGUGAUCAGUAGUUUAAAAUUACAGAAAUUGUCAUAGUUAAAAAAAAUUCUUGGUCAGUUCAAAUAAUUCAUGUAUGUGAUAAAUGCUGUAAUGGAGAUUCCAUUUUAUCUUCUAUUACUUGAUUUAUACUGCAAUGCAUGUGGUUUGCUAAACUUAAGAGAUAAUCAUCAAUUUUACCAAUUUUAAGGUUAGGGAUAAAAUUGUGCAUAUAUGUUACUUGAUCCUCUGAACUGUAUUUUGUGGCUUGUCACCUUCAUAGAUAUUUCAUUUGGCUUCUUUCCCUUUAGGAAGUGAUUCUUCAAUUACAUCUCUUUGCUUCUUCCUUGUAACCUGGAUUAAAUCACACGAUUCAUCCUACAAUAUUGUGAAGCCACAGUACCUCAUUUUAAUUGUGAAAAAAAAAAGUUGUGAAUAGGUCUGAUCAUGUGAUGUGUUUCCCUGUAUUUGAUUUGAGCCACUUAUCAAGGUUUAAUCUUAGUAAUAAACAUGAAUCUUUAA